AUGGAUGUUCCAAUCAUGGUUGGAGAUUGCUACAUCCCUGCUGAUUUUGUAGUUCUUGAGCUGGAACACCAACCUAAAGACCCUCUUAUCUUGGGAAGGCCAUUCCUAGCUACUGCAGGAGCUAUAAUAGAUGUCAAGAAUGGAAAGAUUGACUUGCAUCUUGGAGAUAUAGUGAUGAAUUUCGAAGUAAACAAGUCUAUGGAGAAACCAACUGUAGAUGGUCAAGCUUUUUGGAUUGGAGAGCUCGCAGAGACAAGAGAAGAAGUGCUGGAUGAACUCCUUCUUAUUGAUCCCUUGGAGCUAGCUUUGACAAAGGCUGAGAAUGAGUAUGGAUACAUGGAAAGAGAAGCUCAAUGCUUAGUCAAGUUCAUGGAUUCAAAGGAAGCUUAUAAGGAGCUGAUAGCUUAUAUGGACUUAGAGAGAGAAGAGGAAGAGCCAGACAUUGACAAGAUCAGGAAAUCACAAACCAAAGUUAAGUUCGACCCAUGGUGCCCACUUAGAGCUCCAAAAGCCGAGCUCAAACAACUCCCAGUUGGUCUAAGGUAUGAAUAUCUUGGUCCUAAUGAAACAUAUCCUGUUAUUGUUAAUGCUGCACUAACAAAAGAAGAGACCGCUUUACUUGUUCGCGAACUGAGAAAGCAUAGAAAGGCUCUUGGUUACUCUUUGGAUGAUUUAACAGGAAUCUCACCUGAACUAUGCACACAUCGCAUCAUCCUGGAGGAUGAGUCUAGUUCUUCAAUUGAACACCAAAGGAGGCUAAACCCAAACCUAAAGGAAGUUGUCAAGAAGGAGAUAAUGAAGCUAUUGAAAGCUGGAGUGAUUUAUCCAAUAUCAGAUAGUGCAUGGGUCAGCCCUGUACAUGUCGUGCCAAAGAAAGGAGGGAUCACAGUCAUCAAGAAUGAACAUGAUGAGCUCAUUCCAACAAGGACAAUCACUGGACACAGAAUGUGUGUCGACUACAGGAAGCUGAACUCCUCCACGCGCAAGGACCACUACCCCUUGCCAUUCAUAGACCAGAUGCUUGAGCGCCUUGCCAAUCAUCAAUACUACUGUUUCUUGGAUGGAUACUCAGGAUUUUUCCAAAUUCCAAUCCACCCAGAUGAUCAGGAGAAGACUACCUUCACUUGUCCCUAUGGCACAUAUGCUUAUAGGAGAAUGCCUUUUGGAUUGUGCAAUGCUCCAGCUACAUUCCAAAGGUGUAUGAUGUCCAUAUUCACAGAUCUCAUAGAAGAGAUUAUGGAGGUUUUCAUGGAUGAUUUCUCAGUAUAUGGUUCUUCCUUUGAAUCAUGUUUGGGAAAUCUUGGAAGAGUGCUACAGAGAUGUGAAGACAAGCACCUAGUUCUAAAUUGGGAGAAGUGCCAUUUUAUGGUUAGAGAUGGAAUAGUGCUUGGACAUAGAAUCUCAGAGAGAGGCAUAGAAGUUGAUAAAGCCAAGAUUGAAGUAAUGACAAACCUUCAGCCGCCCAAGACAGUUAAAGAUAUCAGAAGCUUCCUAGGACAUGCUGGAUUCUACAGGAGGUUCAUUAAAGAUUUCUCACAGAUAGCAAGGCCGCUAACACGCCUAUUAUGCAAGGAUAUUAACUUUGAGUUCACAGAGGAGUGUCACAAGGCUUUCACUAAGAUCAAAGAGGCAUUGGUCAGUGCGCCAGUGGUUCAACCUCCAAACUGGGAACUACCUUUUGAGAUAAUGUGUGAUGCAAGUGAUUAUGCAGUAGGAGCAGUGCUUGGACAAAGAAAAGACAAGAAGCUACAUGUGAUCUCUACUAGGGAACUAUACUGA